GUCGUGGCUGAAGCGCUUAGCACUUCUCACGACAAGCCAUAUUCUCUGCCCCUCCCCAUUCUCUGUCCCUCCCAUUCUCCGUCUCUCCCCGUCUCUUUCGACUCGAACGCACCGCUUGCCUGGCUCUGGUAAGCCGCAGCACGAUCAUGUGGGCUCGAAUUCACGCACCGCGCAUGAAGGACUCGGACCGGUUCUGAGCGACAGGAUCAUUGCGCCGAGCGCGACAAGAGCGGAACGAAGAGGCAAGGGUAGCAUGAGAGGAAGGCGAAGAAACACAUUUAUGAGCACCUAGGAAGACUGUGGGAAGGCUCGACGGUAUGUUCGUGGUAUUUACUACCCUUCUCGUUCGCUCACAAGCCGCGACGCACUUGUUGAAGUUGCGCGUCAACCUGGCGGUCAGUUGCUCUCUCUCGCCUACCUACAAGCGUGUUACCAACCAGCUUGUCCACCCAUCUGCCCUCUUGCAUGCUCGCCUGCCUGCCUGCCAUCUGUCACGCCCCCGCCUGUCUGGUCACUGGUCAGAGUCGCCCCCUCUUGCACACUCGCUCUCGCAUCCGACUCUCUCUGCCCUACUCUGCCAAUGGGGCCUGUUAUCUCGCUUGCCUUGCCUCGCCCGCAUACUUGUGCUUUCAGCCUUCCGCCUUCUUGCAUGCUCACUCUCUCGGCUUCUCGUUCCCUCCCUGCCUUGCUCUCGCGCGUCCUCUCGACCUCACUCUCGACCACUACCGUCGUCUCAAUGGCUCAAUUUUUCAUACGCUCACUCUCUCGCCCGCCCGUGCGCUCGCCCAUCUUUGCUUUCACCUGCUCACUCGGUGGCUCAUCGGCUCUCUGGCUCACCCACUGGCUCUCGCCUGAUCACCUACCCUCGCUGCUCUCGCCUGACCACCUGCUCUCACUGCUCUCACAUACCCCUGCAUCAUCUCACCCGCGCAACCUCUCGCUCGCGCGACCUCUCGUCCGUGCAAUCUCUCGUCCGCUCAACCUCUCGCCUGUGCACUCUCUCGCUCGCACACCGUCUCGCUCGCACACCCUCCCGCCUGCACUCUUGCUCGCGCAUCUGCUCGCCCGCUCGCUAGUCCACACCCGCGCAAAACUCUUACCCGCUCUGGUGGGCCUGUAUACAUGUGGGUACGAGUACAAUAGGGAUUGAUUACGAGUAGUAUAUAUCACGAGUACUACCAAUGAGUCGUGUUGGCUGUAUUUGUAUUGUAUUGGAUCAUUGACAGUACAUUAUAAUGCAUCAUGUUUUUUCGCACCUA